GCGCGCGAGCGAGGAGGCGCGGCACUGGCCUGGGGCAGCAGGAGGCGCGGGGACCGGGACGUGGCAGCGCCCCGCGCAGCAGAAAGUUCCCUGGGAAGUUCCGCGCGACACAGCGCGGGAGCGGCGGGGGGAACCAUGAACGUGUUCCGAAUCCUCGGGGACCUGAGCCACCUCCUGGCCAUGAUCUUGCUUCUGGUGAAGAUCUGGAGGUCCAAGAGCUGCGCGGGCAUCUCUGGGAAGAGCCAGAUUCUUUUUGCUUUGGUCUUCACCACCAGGUACCUGGACCUCUUCUCGAACUUCAUCUCCAUCUACAACACAGUGAUGAAGGUGGUUUUCCUCCUCUGCGCCUAUGUCACAGUGUACAUGAUCUAUUGCAAGUUCCGGAAAACGUUCGACAUUGAAAAUGACACAUUCCGGCUGGAGUUCCUCCUGGUCCCAGUGACUGGCCUUUCCUUUCUGGUGAACUACAGUUAUGCACCAAUGGAGGUCCUCUGGACCUUCUCUAUCUAUCUGGAGUCAGUGGCUAUCCUGCCACAGCUCUUCAUGAUCAGCAAGACUGGAGAGGCUGAGACCAUCACCACUCACUACCUGUUCUUCCUGGGGCUCUAUCGGCUCCUCUAUCUGGCCAACUGGAUCAGGAGGUACCAGACAGAGAACUUCUAUGACCAGAUUUCUGUGGUGUCUGGAGUUGUACAAACCAUCUUUUACUGUGACUUCUUCUACUUAUAUGUGACCAAAGUCCUUAAAGGAAAGAAAUUAAGUCUACCAAUGCCAGUUUGAAGAGAUGGGCCACUCCUAAGGCAGCUAGAGUAAACCAUUUGGAUCACUCCUUGAAUGACUUUGAGCUAAGAUUUGGGACAUGUUAAAACGAUUGGUGUGAAUUUGAGCUAAGCACUGUCUCAACAUCAAUGGCAUCACCUCCCCUAUACAUUGUAGAUGUAAUGGAAUACCUGGCCUGUCUGCCCAAAUAUGGUGCCCUACAAUGAAUGGCAAGUGAAAAGCAGCAGCAAGAUGCCUCCUCCACAAAUGACUCAACUCUUGCUUCUUUAGACUAGUAGAAAACUCAUGCCCAGGAAUGGGAAGAUCAUUCAGAGACCCUCCAGAGGUCCGAGUGCUGACCUGAAGAGCUGUGUCCACCUGCUGUAAGCAGUCCAAAUAGCCAGCUCUGCCAAGUGCUUAGGACUUUUAAUCUCACUUGCCAGCUGAGGUGGACACCAUGGCCACUGUGUGCCAAGAGCCACCCAAUCUUACCUCCUCCCCCGCCCCCAGUCUGAGGUGCUAUAAUUGGAUGCCUAGAGCACUCAACCUUCAACACUCGCUGCUUGGAGGAAAACAUUAAGAGUACACUUGAACUCUUUUUAAGUUUUAAUGUAAUAAAAAGUUCACACCUUUA